AUGACAGAUACAACCGCGACACCAUCACAAGCUGCCAACGGCUCCGUGUCGUCGGCACAGGCGGCGGUGUUUGUGCAGUCGCAGCCGCUUCCGGCCGACACGCCCACGGUGUUGGGGCCGGACUUUGAGACGCAAGACCCCAACGAUCUGGUGGCGCUGCUGGAGAGCAUGUCCAAGGUGGGCUUCCAAGCCACGGGCGUGUCGAAGGCGAUCGAGAUUGUGGACGAGAUGCGCAAGUGGCGGCUGUCGGACGAUGCGGCGUACCAGGCGUCGACGGAGGUGGACAAGCCCAGCCUGGCCGAGGCGCAGCAGACGCAGUGUCGCAUCUUCCUCGGCUUUACCUCGAAUCUGGUCUCGUCGGGGCUGCGCGAGGUGAUCAAGUUUUUGGUCAAGAACCGCAUGGUGUCUGCGCUCGUCACGACGGCGGGCGGGAUCGAGGAGGACCUGAUCAAGUGUCUCGGCCCUACGUAUCUGGGCGAGUUCAGCCUGGACGGCGCGACGCUGCGAAAGCAAGGGCUCAACCGCAUCGGCAAUCUGCUCGUACCCAACGACAACUACUGCAAGUUCGAGGACUGGGUGAUGCCCAUUCUGGAUGGCAUGCGUGCGGAGCAGGGCGACGAUGUGGCCAACGCCUGGUCGCCCAGCCGCGUGAUCGAGCGUCUGGGCCGCGAGAUCGACGACGAGAGCAGCAUCCUCUACUGGGCGGCCAAGAACGACAUCCCCGUCUUCUGCCCCGCGCUCACGGACGGCAGCCUGGGCGAUAUGAUCUACUUCCACUCUUACAAGAAUCCGGGCCUGACGAUCGAUCUGGUCAAGGACAUCCGUCGGCUCAACGAUCUGUCCGUCAAGGCUCCCAAGGCGGGCAUGAUCAUCCUGGGCGGCGGCGUAUGCAAGCACCAGAUCGCCAACGCCAUGCUCUUCCGCAACGGCGCCGACUUUAGCGUGUACAUCAACACGGGGCAGGAGUUCGACGGCUCCGACUCGGGCGCGCGCCCCGACGAGGCCGUGAGCUGGGGCAAGAUCAAGUCGGCGGCCAACGGCGGCAAAAACGUAAAGGUGUACUGCGACGCCACGAUCAUCUUCCCCAUGAUCGUCGCCGCCACGUUUGGACGCGCGCAUUGGGCUGCCAAGCGUGCGCUCACUGCAUAG